UUCAUCAUCAUCAUAAAUUCAUCGAACAUCGAUAUUUGAGUUGAGACACGACAAAUUUAGAUUGUGAUGUGGGAUGGUCAAACUCUUUAAAAAUGUCAAUUUUGUAUAAUUUUAUUUAAGUUUUUAUAAAUCCUAUUAGUGAUUAGAAACCACAGGAGAGAUGGAUCCGUGGGUGAUAACUCCCCAGGAGAGGGCGCGGUUCGAGGUGCAAUUCAAUGCACUGAAACCAAUAAAUGGCAUCGUCACUGGUGGGCAGGCCAGGGACUUUUUCCUCCAGUCCCAACUACCAGCACCAGUGCUCGGCAUUAUAUGGGGUCUGGCAGACACUGAUGCCGACGGAAAAAUGAACAUCAAUGAGUUCAGUAUAGCCUGCAAAUUGAUAAAUUUGAAAUUAAGGGGCUUUGAUAUGCCACAAGCCUUGCCACCUAAUAUGCUACAGUUUUUCCAGCCAGCAGCCGUAGCUCCAGGCGUGCCGGCGUCUAACGCGGCUCUGUUGUCGGGAAUGGUGCCGCCUCCAAAACCGCCUCUACCGGCCGCCCCCAGUCCGAUCCCUGCGGCCACCUCCAAGAUCAUCUCGCCGCCUUCCGGAGGCGGCACUCCCAACCUCUUGUCUCCCACUGGUAUCCUUUCUCCUCCGCUGGUAGCUCCCUCUCCUGCUCCCCUAGUCACUGCCCCCCUAGUUUCUGCUCCCCUGAUUGGGGGCGGGGUGCCGCCUCCCAUUCCUCCCGCCCCCGUUGUUCCUCUGGCCGGCCUCGCGUCGGUCACACCGCCUUCCACCAUGGCAUUCCGUCUAUGA